GUGCAUAUUAUAUAUGAUUACUAUUCUACAUUAGAAUCAAAUUUUAUACAUAAGUAUGAUCAAUUUUAAAAUUAUUUAUGAGAUUUCAAAGUAAAACCAAAUAGUUCUCUACAGGACUCUAUAUAAGAUGAUUCUCUAUGGAACAAUGGCAUAUAUAAUAUUGUUGUCAACUCACUAGGAUAUUAAGACGAAAACUGAUUUAUGAUAUAUGUGUUGCGGCCGCAUGAUAAUAAUCAUAAUUUAUGAGGUCUACCUAAAAUUAGUAUUACCAUCACAAUAGCGUUCUAAAUUAUGUAUAAGUCGAAAAAGUAGGUUAUUCAGAUGAUCCAUGUCUAAUAGUUAACAGUUAUAAUGGUUAAUAAUAGGUAUACUUGUAACAUUUCAUUGCCGAAAAGGUUAGAUUGCUCCCAGGUGAGUAAAGUGUUCAACUGAAACACUCGACUUAUGUCUUAUAUGUGCUUACUGUAUAUAUACUAUUGUCUAUAUAGCUCAAACUCAUAUGCAGGAUAUCAGGAAUAUCAGACAUGGAACAUGUUCAAGUAUGGGACACAGCACAAUAUAAAUUAAUUAGUUUGGUAUUCAUAAUGUUAAAUCAAGAAAUUCAUUUUUGUUAUUCAAAUAUAUAACUUUAUAUGUUUAUAUUUUUGUAGUUAUUAUCAUCAGAUAAUUUAAAUGUUGUAUAAAAUAAAUUAGGUGAUAUCAAUUAAAUUGAAGCAACAUAAUGAAAGAAAUAUUCCAGAUCUAUGAAUUUUCAUUACAAUUCAUUACAAUGGAGUAAUUAGAACUUUGAGUUUAAAAAAGAUUUAUUCAAGGUACAUGAAAGUAGGAAAUGGGAAUAACUGCAUAAUGUGUACUGGUAGUCUAGAGAUUAAAUAAAUGUCAAUAUUAUGCAUCUAUGAAUUCAAAAAAGUAUGCCUUUUGUCUUGAUUUCUUGUUUUGUAUUCUUAAUUGUAUACCGUCGUUCAUCCCUUUAACCUUCGCCCCUUUUUCUUCCUUCUUUACUUUGCCUUUGUUAUCUUUUUUUUUUUUUAUCAUAUCAAUGUACCUUUCUGCAAUGACACCAUUCUCCUUGGCUAUUUUCAAAUUUUCGGCAAGUAAGUGUUCAGUUUCACAUUGAAGGAUCCAAAUUGCAUCUCAAGCUGUACCAAAUCGGAUACAAAAGUGGAGAUGCUUUGGUGUAACAGAGAGCAUAACCAUGGCAUAAAAUUUCUGGUCAUAUAUAUGUCUGUAGAUGACCUGACAACAAGCACUAAAGGACUGUUAAAAGUCAGCUUAAUUUUGACUUCACCAGAGGGUUACUUAUGAUUUAAUCGUGCAUCUUAUUGUCGUGUAGAUAAUAACAGUUCUUAAGGUAGUACUCUCAGUCAGUGCACUGUUUAAUCCUUGAAGAUCUGAAACUUUGCUGCCAUCAUGUUAGUGUGGUCAAUUAAAACAUGUGAGAAAUGUAGCUAUGUAAUUUCUAUCUAUCAUGAAGUAGGCAAGUAGAUUAAAAAUAGGGCCUCAUUCGUCUAGUUUAAAAUUUAAAUAUGUAUAUGCAUAUAGCAUCACAUGUUUAAAGGACAAACUGAAUGAAAUAUCAAUAUUUUUUUUGUCUUUUUUUUUUUUGGUCGUCAGAAGAUUUCAAUUUUGAAGUUACUCAUAUGAGUGUUAUCCUGGCAACAUUAUGUGGACAUUCUUCUCCAGUAGGCCUCAGUUGGGAUCUCUUUUAUCAUCUUAAGUUUUGAUAAUCCAAAUUUGGAUAUUCUCCGGAUAUCUGAAUAUAUCAAAAUACUGUAUUGGUGUGUUUGAUUAGGGUUAUUGAAUUUGGAAGAUAUGCAAUGAAAUUUGAACUAUAUUAUGAACAAUUGUUCAAAAAUUUUAGUCCAUCCCCCAUUCCAUUCCUUACAUCCUAUGCUAGAGUUCACACCCCACCUUGAGAAGGAAUGCCCCAUUCCCAUUUCUCUCUGCCCAUUUUGUUUUCAAAUCUCAUCAUAACAAUUUUGCACUUAUCCUUUCUUUUUCGAAACUCCCUCCUACCUCUUAUAUUAUCUUCUAUAUUUGCUUGCCAUUCCAUUCCAUUCUCUCCAACCAAACACAAUAUAUAGGUUCAGAAAGAGCUCCUAGGUAUACGGAAAAAGCUAUCCUGUUUCCCUGUACUUAAUGUUUGUCAAAAUGCAUGAAUUAGCUUUCUAUACAUAGUAGAAAGUUCCAAUUCAUGAUGAGAUAGUUAUCUUCUUAUUGGCUGCAAAGAAGAAACUAUGUAUUUAUAUGUACACCAUCAAUCAUUAAUCAGUAAGUAGGAAUAUAGGAACCAAUUUGAGUGCACAGCGUUUUCAGCAACCAUAAUUCCUUUUUUUUUUCUUACGAGUCAAAAAUGCUAGUCAAGUUUGCAGUUAUAAAUUUCAUAAUAAAGAGGGACAAAUGGUCAUACACAUGUUUUAAAAUAUAAAACCAUGGGGGCUAUGAGAAUAACAAAAGUGUAAUUUAGAAGAUGAUUUUUCAUAUUUAAGUACGCGAAUGUCUAAGUUGUUUGGAAACGCUUUUAAUAGAUAAAAAUUAAGAGGUAAUAUAGUAAUUAUUCAAUCUAGUUUGAAGAUAAAAAUUUGUUUAGAACAUGACAAGUUUAUUGUAAAAUAAAAUCCUUGUACUAGAUAGGGUUUCUUUUUUCAUAUUCUUCAUCCAUUUACUCUGGCUUUUGUUCCUCAUUGCCCCAUCAAUUGGCUGGAAUGAAGUGUACAAGGACAUGACCUUUGGGUGACAUCGAAUGUCCCAAUUUGUUACAAAAUUUUCUGAUUAAUUUUUUUACUUGCGCACUAGUACCAUUUCUAGUAGAUUUUGGAUUCUACACUUUUUUUAAUUAGCAAUCAGAAAUUAAUGUUUCAUAUGCAUUUACUUCAUAGUAUUCUUUUUAAGUUGGGGUUGAGAAAUUGGUUGGCAGUUAACUACGAAAUGACACUGUAUUCUGCAACUCUGUUGGAUAUCAGAUCUUCUGUUCCUAGCUCUACCAUGCUUUGCGCUGAUAAAGUAUCUACUGCUUUCAUGGUAGAGAGGUAUGGUGACAGUGCGGGAGUUUUCAACCUUUUUUGGGGGGAAUCUAUCACUAUCUGAUUUACCAGUCGAACUUGUAAGUGAAAUCUUUUUAAAACUACCAGUAAGGUCGCUAUUGACUUGCCAAUGUGUGUGCAAAUCAUUUGACGAGCUAAUCAGAAGCCCUAAAUUUAGAGCCAGCCAUGUCAAUCACAACUCCACUUCCAGUACCAACACCUAUUGUUCGCUUAAUAUUCUUGUCAUUGAUGAGGAUUCUGAAAAGAGACGUGAGCACAUCCUGAUAGAUACCGCAGGUGAUGUAAUUUCUACUUCGCAUGUCAGACAGAGUAAUCCCCUCACGACCCCUAUCUCUGUUAUAGGCAGCUGCAACGGUUUGUUUUGUGCUUUUCUUCAUGUUCCUGCUGAACAGUGGGGAUCUCGCAUUAUGCUUUGGAAUCCUGUCACAAGAGAAAAUCGAUAUCUUCCAAAGCCCAAUAUUGAUGCUCCUGACAGUCAAUCAUACCCUUUAAUUGUAUUCGGUUUCGUCCCUGAAAGUAACGAGUCCAAAGUAGUGAGGUUUAAUUCCUAUUAUACUUCUGGAAAGAUAUUACCCUUGCCUGAUGAUGUUUUUGUAAUGCAAAUUGAGGUCUACAAAAUGAGUACAAAUUCUUGGACUGUCUUAACCUCAAAUGCUAUACCUUGUAAUGGGCCUGGACAUAUGUCCUUGGAAAAUGAUUCUUUUUUGCUGCUUAAGUUUGAUCCACCUUCAAGAACACUGUUUUUAAAGGGAGCAUUUCACUGGCUUGCUGUAAAUCCAAAAAAUGUUUGGGAUAGUUGUGCAGCAGUAGUGGCAUUUGAUCUUAAACAUGAGGAGUUAAAACUAAUCAGCUUACUGGAAUCCCAUAGAAUUUUGUAUGCAAAGGAGGGCCAGCUUGAGAUAAUCAAUGAUCUUCUUGGUCUAAUUGUUCCUUGUUCCACCUAUUCCCCAAACUUUGAAAUAUGGGCGAUGAAUGAUUACGGGAAGAGAGAGCCUUGGACUAAGCAAUUCCAUGUUGAAUUGUCUACUUGGUUUGUACGUCCGUGUGGGUAUUGGCAAGAUAGUUUUCUGCUGAUGGGUGAGUUUGAGGGUGGUAGGCAAAAAAGUUUAUUUUUAUUUAAUAUCCAUACCCAAGAAAGGCAGUACAUUUUAAAAUCUGGGAGUUUCUUCUUCGAAUAUUUCUGCAGUUGUGUUGAAACACUUGUCCCGGUCAGCAAAGGAAUGCAGUUGCUGGAAUGCCGAUGAGUAAGGUAAUGAACCAUCAAUGCUGGGUUUGACUACAGAAAGAUGAUAUUGUUGUUUUGUAGUAUUAGCUGAUACUCGGGCUACCUGAUUACUACUUGAAGAUGAAUUACAUGGAGGAGCUUUGUGCUUGAAGCUAGUUAUCAACCUGAAGGUUUCCAUACAUUUAAAUUUGUUCCCAUAUUUCGCUUUUCUCUGCGCUGACUGUUUACUUUAGAAUUUUGCUGUUUCAUUAUUGUAACCAGUCUUCUAGAAUUGCUGGUGACAUGUACUUCGUAAUCUUUUAUUUUCUUUGCUGCGAUUAUAAAACAAUUGCCAAUGGAGUUUGUUGUACCUUCGAAUUAUAUCUUAUGUGCUUUUUUAUGCUCCAAA